CGUCGUUUGGAGACGCUGAGCUCUAUGCCCGUUUUCGUAGUCUUUUCGGAUGGUUCUGAACAGUGCUUCAGAUGAUUCAAUCCGGUGUCUUCCUUUCAGGCACCUUGAGCUUCUCCGGGAGCCCAGCCGUGUGACCACUCAGGAAUCAGGAUGUCAGAAGAGGGCAGCCAUUUCCCUGCCUGUGAAGCUGAUUGCCAGCAAAACACAGGUCUCUGAGCCCCAGGGUUCACGGAGGUGUAAAAGGCCCAGCUAAAGAAGUCUGACAAAAUUGCUGCUUUCCUAGAAAAACAAGUUGAAAAAGGUAAAUGGAUGUAAGUAGGAAGGCAUUAGAAAGGCUGAAUGUUGAAUGAGGCUUAAUUUAUGCAGACAGGUGUGGAAGCUGCCUGCUCUCCGCCUUACUCUUCUGUCUUUUGUGUUGUGGUACCAGCAGCAGAUCUGGUUCUGCCCCUCUGUCAGUUGCAGCAUAUACAAAGGCCACUAACAGAGUCACCACAGUGAGAAGGACAGAGCCGUUAAUGUGGUAAUUAUGCCCACGGUAUUGCCAAGCACAGGUUAUGUUGUAGAAACGACUUAUUUACAUCGCCGGAGUCGAUCUGCUGGGGGUGUUUUACUUUUUGUAGGGUAAAAGUAAAUACAAAAUAAAAUGAGAGCAGCGACCAGAGGCUGCCAGAACUCCAGGUCGGCUGCUGCCUGGGGACUUGCCCUCCUCUGGUACCUGCCCACCCUAUCCCAAGUCCCCCUUCCACUUCUCACUGCCAUGCCUAAGCCCCAACAGGGCAUAGAUGCCAAACUACAGGCUACACCUGACAGAAGCCCCGAGAGAAAACCAAAGAACAGAGUAUCAUCCAACAAAGACCAACCCCGAGACUGGCACCUAGUCACAAUCGAUCACUCCCAACCCCUGGCCUCGAUGCUGGCAUACGAACACACUUAACAGCAGCCAGGUCAACGUGCCACCUCCAGGGCCCAGCUAUCCUACUGGAGCCAGCCCUGAAUACUCCAGUGCAGCUGAAGCAGAGGCAAAAGACCUUAAAAGCAACUUUAUGAAGAUGAGGCAGGUCCUUAAAGAGAAAAUGAAUAAACAAUUUAAAGAGAGGAAAAAACCAAAUUAAAAAAUUAAAGGAAAUGAAUAAAUCCCUCAAAGAGAGCCAAGAUAAAAACAAUUGAAGUAAAUGAAUAAAAUCCUUGAAGACUUAAAAAUGGAAAUAGAAGGAAUAAAUAGAACACAAACUGAGGGAAUUCUGGAAGUAAAAAAUCUAGUUAAGCAAGCAGAAACUACAGAGACACUCUUCACUGACAGAAUAGAAGAGAUGGAAGACAGAGUCUCAGGCACCGAAGAUAUGAAUGACAAAAUAGAUACAUUGGUCAAAGAAAAUGUAAGUCUAACAAAUUCCUAACAAGUAGGGCAUGGUGGCCCAUGCCUGUAAUCCCAGCACUCUGGAAAGCAGAGGCAGGUGGAUCUCUGUGAGUUGGAGGCCAGCUUGGUCUACAGAGUGAGUCCAGGACAGCCAAUGCCACAAAGAGAAACUGUCUCGGAAAAAAAAAAAAUUCCUAAGAAUAAUAGAAAUGGAAAGAAGAAGAAGAAGAAGAAGAAGAAGAAGAAGAAGACUCCCAGCUUAAAGGUCCAGAAAUAUAUACCCAAAGGACUCUCCCUACUACCACAGAGACACUUUCUCACUACAUUCAUAGCAGCUUUAUUCAUAAUAGCCAGAGACUGGAAACAACCUAGAUGUCUCUCCACCAAAGAAUAAUAUGGAAACUGUCACAGGCCUUGGGAGAAACGCGUGAAGGCACAGAGGCUGGGAUGCACAGCAGUCCUCGCCAGGAGGCCCCACUCCCAGUCCCAGUGCUCAGGCAAAAUGAAGCUCUCUGAACCGUGUCCGUAUGGUCUUAAUGGAAACCUCACCGGACAGGGUUUCUCUGUGUGGCCUUGGCUGUUUUGGACUCGCUUUGUAGACCAGGCUGGCCUUGAACUCACAAAGAUCACGAGUGCACCACGGAACCAGCUAACGAAGGUCUUCACAGUGCAGAAUCCAGAAUCAUCUGGGGACAAAUGUCUGGACACUUCGGAGGGAGUCACCUUUCCUUAGCCUGACACUUCCGUGAGCGCCUCAUCAGUGGGAGUCACCUUUCCUUAGCCUGGGAUCCAAGGCUGAAUGGAAAGAAGAGAAGCGAUUUUUCUAGGCUGAGGAGUUCUUCAUGGCUGGAGGAUUUGUGUGUUUUUAGAAAGUGGCACCAUUCCCCAUUCCCACGGUAAUUACCAUCGUGAAAAUCGCAGCGGCUUGAGAACUUCAGUGCACGCGCAGCAAGCUAUUGCCCAGAGGAGAAGAUGUUUGGUUUUCACAAACCGAAGAUGUACCGGAGCAUCGAGGGCUGCUGUAUCUGCAGGGCCAAGUCCUCCAGCUCCCGGUUCACAGACAGCAAGCGCUACGAAAAGGACUUCCAGAGCUGCUUCGGGUUGCAUGAGACUCGCUCAGGAGACAUCUGCAAUGCCUGUGUGCUGCUUGUGAAAAGAUGGAAGAAGUUGCCAGCAGGAUCAAAAAAAAACUGGAACCAUGUGGUAGAUGCAAGAGCAGGACCCAGUCUAAAGACAACACUGAAACCAAAGAAAGUGAAAACUCUGUCUGGAAACCGGAUGAAAAGCAACCAGAUCAGUAAAUUGCAGAAGGAAUUUAAACGCCACAACUCAGAUGCUCACAGCACCACCUCAAGUGCCUCUCCAGCCCAGUCUCCGUGCUACAGCAACCAGUCAGACGACGGCUCAGACACAGAGAUGGCGUCCAGCUCUAAUAGAACCCCUGUGUUUUCCUUUUUAGACCUUACCUACUGGAAAAGACAGAAGGUCUGUUGUGGAAUCAUCUACAAGGGCCGCUUUGGCGAAGUCCUCAUCGACACGCACCUCUUCAAGCCUUGCUGCAGCAGUAAGAAAGCUGCUGCAGAGAAGCCCGAGGAGCAGGGCCCGGCGCCUCUGCCCAUCUCCCCUCAGGAGUGGUGACAGAGGUUGAUGCACAGGGGAACGAAGAGCAAUUUAAACUUUGAAAAGACCACAAAACAAACUGACCCUCCUAUUUUUAACUUGGAUAACUGCUAUUCUGCCAAAAGACGUUUUCUAGAGUAGUUUUUAAUGGGUUACCUCCUUAACCCCCACCCAGCAAACUGAAGCCAGUCUGUAGCUCACUGCAAGAAAAGAGAACUGUACAUAAUAUUUAAGAUGCUGAGUAUUUCAUAGGAAAGCUGAAUGCUGCUGUAAAGUGCUCUUUAAGUCUUUUUUUAAUGCCCUCUAAUGAAUGAAAUUAGGGGAAUUUCAGGGGACAGAGAUGGGAUUUGUUGUGUGAUAACUCAUAUGUAGUUUAGUCUUUUCUGUGGAGAGGCAGUGGUUGGGGCAUUUUUUAAUGGCUGGCUACAUUUGUUUUCCCUCAUGAUGCUUUGUCAUAACUCAGUAGCAUGAUCUGCCCCUAGUGGUAGUUAAAAGUGUAAAUGCUAAGGUGUUGCCAAGGUUCUGAUGAUUCAGACCCGUACUACUGAUUAUUAAGCAGGGCAGAUCGAGCUUUCUGCAAUAGCUUGAAGGAGGGAGUAGACUCUGAACACACAGGCAGCACACCUUGCCUCCCUUAUCUCAGUAUCUGAUAAAAGACUAUGUGAAUCUUGCAAAUCAGAAGCGAGCCCCUGGGGAGGCAAUGGGUAACAUGGGCACGUUCACACAGGGAUCGUACCAAAGCAUCACCACAUGGUAGAGAACACACGUGGCUGGAAACUGCUUAAACAGAAUGUGCGAGUCCUAGGGGUGCAUGGGCGCAGUCGGUGCUGCUUCAGGCAUUUCUUAGAGGGCUUGCAGCGUGUAAAUAAUUGGCUGGUGUUACACAACUGGGAUUCACUGAAAUCCACUUGAUUCAGUUCUAGCUCUGAAUUACCUCAGUUGACCUUUGUGGAGGUUUUAUCUAUAGUUCUUCGCCUUGUCAUAACCUUAUGAGGGUUUGGGGUUUGUUGUUUUCUUGUUUUUCUCUCACUGUUUAAAGUGGACUAGUGGAAAAGAAUAGAGUGUGGAGGCUGCACCAGUAGGUUGAGCUUGGAGUUGGGCUUCUGAGCAUCACGAGAGCUGGACGGAGCUCCUCGCCUCUAGAUCUGAGUGAGGGCUUCUCAGGAGAACCCGACUCAAGUUGUCUGAUCGCCUUUUCUCAAAGUUCAGGAGAGACAGUAGAGCCACUUCAGACCUCACAGACGUAGGUGGACGUGGCUGCCUUAUAAUUCUGUUGCUCAUGAUUAUUUUAAAAACUGGAUUUUUACAGUCUGUAAGUGUUUCACAAUGAGGAGAGCCACAGUUUGUUUCUUCCUUUUGGGAAAACCUACAUAGUACAAGCCACCGCAUGCCCAGUGAGUGGCUUGGUUCUCCGCAGCCCUUGGUGUGGUAGAGUCCAGCCAUUACAUUACCAUUCUCCUGCUUUACUUUGACAUGGGUUUUUUUCCUUUUUUUUUUUUGUACAUUUUGGCUGCAGUAUUGGUGGUAGAAUAUACUUUGAUGGAUCAUCUCUACUUCUGUAUUUAUUUAUUUAUUACUGGACCUCAACCACAGCCUUCUCCCCUCCACUCUGCCCGUAGGAAGUACUGUAUGUAGUCAUGCACUUUGUAUUAAUAUAUUAGACAUCUACAGAUCGGUUUUGUACUUUUUAUACUGUUGGAUACUUAUAAUCAAAACUUUUACUCUAGGGUAUUGAAUAAAUUUAGUCUUACUAGAAAAUAAAA